AUGUCUCUAAAUACAACGAUACCAUAUUAUCGUAAUACAUCAAGAGAGAUCAAAACUGUCAAAGAAAUUAUACAAGCAGAAGUAAUUAAAAGUGCAAGAAUUUUGAGCAGAGAUAAAGUUAAAGUAAAGCAAAAUACAUCAAUUGGAGAUUGUAAAAUUUUAUGCUUUAUCAUAAGUGAAUCGAAGUAAAAGGAAAACAAAUAAUUCAUUUUAUGAAAAUAGAAAUAUUUUUUAGCAUGAAAAUACAAAUAUACUGUAAAAUUAUUUAGCAAAUGCAUUCUAAGAGAAAAAAGAAAAUUUAUAAAGAAUACAGAUGCAAGAAAUUACAAAUAAAAAUAAAUUAGAAGAAAAUAAGUAAAGAGAGAUUAAAUAUUAAAUGAGAAUUGCUGCAUUAGAAAAGGAAUCAUCAAAAUUAACUGAAAUGGUAUCAAAGUUAAAGAAAGAGAAUUCUUUAUUAAAACAAUAAAGUAAUAAAGAAACCUUAUUGCAAUAAUUGUAAGAUGCCUUAAAUUAAUCAAGAAUAGAAAAUUAGUUACUAAAAAAAUAAAUUACUCAUCUUUAAACUACACAUAAUAAUUUUAAUAAUAGCAUAAAAAAAAAGAUAGAUGUUUAAAAGAGUAUCACAUUAAAUACAACAAAUACAGCAAACACAGCUAAUACUACAAAUAAUACUUUUAAUGAUGUACUUAAAUCUAAAGAGUAUGUACCAAGUUAUUUACUUGCUUUAAGUUUAGCUGAAUGA